CCUUUAAUUCGGCCCCUGUCGGAGGCUGAAAAAUGUUAUGGCUUCCGGGCAUGCGCAGUGCGCAGUGCUGGGGACCACUCCACCUGGACGCGAGGCAUUUCUAUUAGAAUGGAAGAGGAUACAGAUUAUAGAAUCCAGUUUAGUUCUUUGUGUUUUGUUAAUGAGCAUGUUGGAUUUCAGGGUACUAUAAAAAACUCACCAAGUGACUUUAUUGUUAUUGAGAUUAAUGAACAGGGACAGUUAGUUAAUAAAACCAUUGAUGAACCUGUUUCAGUUAGUAAAAUGCUACCAGGGCUAAAUACUUUUGCCAAAAAGCCAAAACUAGAUCUUCAAAAUGUGUCCUUCAAAGAUAGAAGUAACCACGAAGUUAACACUGAGGCUGUUUGCUCUAAUGGUGACCAGAAACAUCGCUUGGAUUCAGAAAAACACGGCACUACUGAUGGCAGGACUUCCCCACAAGAAGAAGAAAAAGCUGAUGUAUUAAGCUCAUUUUUAGACGAAAAAACAAAUGCAUCUCUGAAUCAGUUUGCCUGUCAUAUAAAAGAGAAGUGGAAUUCAGAAACUGAUCUGCUGACACCAGGCCCUGAAUUUUCAUUAGGCACAAUUCCUGACAAAAGCCAGAGGGCUACUUUACAUAGUGCGAUUAGGCAGAACUUUCCUUGUUUAAUAACUGUGGGAAAAAACAGUGAAAUUGUUGUAAAACCAAAUCUUGAGUAUAAAGAACUCUGUCACUUGGUGUCUGAAGAAGAAGCCCGGGAUUUUUUUAAGUUCUUAGAUGCUAAGAAAGAAAAUUCCAAAUUUACUUUUAAACCCGAUACAAACAAAGACCACAGAAGAGCUGUCCACCAUUUUGUCAACAAGAAGUUUGGAAACCUUGUAGAAACCAAAUCUUUCCCUGAAUGGAAUUGCACCACUAGUAAUCCGAACACAGUGAUAACGGUAAGAUUUCGGGAAAAAGCACACAAGCGUGGAAAAAGGCCUCUUGCUGAAUGCCCAGAAGGAAAAACCAUACACACAGCUUUUACAUUGCGAAAGGAAAAUCUGGAGAUGUUUGAAGCUGUUGGCAUCUUAGCUAUCAAGCUUGGUGUGAUUCCUUCCGAUUUUAGUUACGCAGGCCUCAAAGACAAGAAAGCCAUCACCUACCAGGCAAUGACUGUUAGGAAAGUGACUCCAGAGAGGUUGAAAAAUACUGAAAAAGAAAUUGAAAAGAAAAGAAUGAAUGUGUUUAACAUUCGAUCUGUAAGUGAUUCUCUUAGACUUGGUCAGCUCAAAGGAAAUCACUUUGAUGUUGUCAUUAGAAAUUUAAAAAAUAAAGUAAAUGAUUCUGCAAACCUGAGAGAAAGAAUCUGGGAAGCAAUACAAAAUGUUAAGACUAAAGGUUUUGUGAAUUACUAUGGACCACAGAGAUUCGGGAAGGGAAGGAAAGUUCACACAGACCAAAUUGGCUUGGCACUGUUGAAGAGUGAAGUGGUGAAGGCCGUAAAAUUAUUUCUUACACCAGAGGACUUGGAAGACCCUGUAAACAGAGCCAAGAAAUUUUUUCUUGAAACUGAGGACCCUAAAGGCACACUUUCACUGAUGCCCGAGUUCAGAGGUCGAGAGAGAGCGUUGCUGGAGGCCUUGCAUCGCUUCGGCAUGACUGAGCAGGGCUGCGUCCAGGCCUGGCUCUCUUUCCCCCACUCCAUGCGCAUAUUCUACGUUCAUGCGUACAGUAGCAAGGUUUGGAAUGAGGCAGUGUCCUACAGACUGGCAACCUACGGAGCAAGAGUGGUGGGAGGCGAUCUGGUCUGUCUGGAGGAAGCCCUCGAUGAGCAUUCCCCAAGCAGUAAAGUCCAUGUGGUAACUGAGGAAGAGGAAGCAGCCAGCACAUACGCAGUGCACCAGGUGGUUCUUCCAGUGCUCGGACACAAUAUUCAGUACCCAAAGAACCAAGUAGGGCAGUGGUACAGGGAAACACUCGGCAGAGAUGGGCUGCAGACCUGUCGAUUUAAAGUGCCUGCUCUGAAGCUGAAUGUGCCGGGGUGCUACCGGCAGAUACUGAAACAUCCGCGUAAUCUCUCGUACCAGCUCACGGGAGGUCUUGAUGCUCGUGCGCAAAUGCACGGCUUGCACGCCGAUGGGCCGCCCGCGUCUCUUCUGCUCUCUUUCGAUCUUGAUGCUUCAUGUUAUGCCACCGUCUGUCUGAGGGAAAUCCUGAAGCACGACGUGUAGCGCGGUGCCUCGGCGUACUUGUGCAUGUCACUCUGAAGGAAAGCGGGCAGACUUUUCGGAGCAUCUUCCAUGUGGUAGAACUGCUUCCUCGUUGUCUCUUAAUUUUCACAGCGUCCUAAGAAGUUGGAAGCUGAUGCUUUGAAGCUCUGUGACAAGUGUCAGUUUAAGGUCUGUGGGAGUCCGAAACCUCUGUUCACCGUGCAUUGGUGACCUUGGUUCAGUGGUAUAAGAUGGAGUCUCUUAAAGCCAAGACGUAUACUGUGCGAUAACACUUAAGAAAUACUGUAAUGUUCAAAUACUCUAGCUCAUGGGUGGUAAACCUGUGGCACGUGUGGUGCACAGAGUCCGCAUCAGCGUGCGAGUGGAGCACCCCGCGUCACCCUGCAGCCAAGCCCUGGGCCUUCAGGAUUGACUGCAGUGGUGGCACUUCAUGGUGCGAAAGUGGGCUUUGGCCUGCAGUUCUACUGCUUUAUGAGGUAAAGAAUCUUUGAUGAAGGAUGA